AUGGGUGAAAUCGCAGUUCUUCGUCCUCAAGAUCCUUUAAAGGAUCGGCUAGCUUAUAAUCGUCACAAUACUUUUGUUAAUUCCAGUUUUCCCUCACCCAAAUCCAAGAAAACUUCUCCUUCUUCUUCUAACCCUAACCAUGGAUCCGAUAAGUCGAAUCGGCGGAAGCGGAGUCCUCAGAAGAGCAGUAGGAAUAGUAAUAAUACUAGUAGAGGCGGCUGCGGCAGCUUGUCCAGCUCUCCGCCGGCCAAGAACCGGCAUCUGGUGAUGGGUCAGGUCAAGAUUUUGAAGCGCGGCGAAGCGUUGACUGUGUCGAUGAAGGAUGGCUUGGAGAGGAAGAAGAUGGAGGGCGAGAAGGCUCGGGAGAAGAGCGAGGUGAAUUCUUGUCCGCCGGAGGUGGACGACGACUUGGCUUUGUCGACCACGGAUCGGCUCGGGCCGGAGCCCGAUAUGGUUCCAAAGCAGAUCAAGAUCGCCGAUUUUUACGCCGGAUCGGCCUUCAUCUCCUCUCCCCCGCCCAGUUCCCUUCCCGUGCCUGCUUUCUUUAAGAAAAAGAGCGUCCUCGCCGCCGAGAUCCACGACGACGCUUCUAGCGGUUUGCGGCGGCUUCUGAGGCUGGAUCCGUCGUGA